CGAAAACGUUUGCUUCAGCUUGUGUCGCUGUUUUAUCAUUUUAUGAGUAUUACACUUUUACAGUUUACUGUUUAACAAUUUUAUUUUUAUCCCUAACUGUAAGGAUUGUGGUCACUAUCUUCAGGGUUUGCAUUGGUUUUACGUUCAUUCCACAGAUGGUUGGUUCGGAUUGGGAGUUUACAUCCCUGCAAAUUGAAAUCGUUGAUGUGCGUCGCUGAUAGUAGAAGUCUUGAACUUUGAGUCUCUGGAGUCUUGAGUCUCUUGACGACCCAACUCUCCGGUGCUUUUUUAUCCGCGAUAAAAAUGGAACUGCUCUUGGCGAAGGAGGCAUUCGAGUCGUCCAAAUCAUCUGCUAUCAUAACUUUCUUCGAUAGCAAGCAGCAGACUGCGGUGGAUCUCCUGACGGCAUUCGUGGUGCAUCGCGCCGCUGUUUCUCCACGCGCGUUUGUCCAUUUUCUCUGCUUUGAGCGCAAACCACGCUUCUGGAAGACACGAUUAGAAGACAAGCUGGCAAAUCGUAUUCAUUUCUACGACUUCUGGUAUGAUGCAUUCGGAUGGAAUGAUCCCAGCCGACUGCUGGAAGCGCAGACCGUCAUCAACGCCGUGCAGACCACAUUAAAAAACCCCGCAUGCUCCGCAUCCUCGUGCAAUGAGCACGUGCUGGUUUUCGAUGCAUCCACACUGCUGCUGCUGACGAUUCCCGCCAACGAGCUGUGCUUGUUGUUGGUGGGCAUUUCCGACAAACUCAGCGAAGAACUUGGACGCCCCGUGACCAGUAGUGUGGCUGUUCUCCAUCAUUCAGAUAUUUUUGAUGAGUACUCGGAAAAAGCUCUCAAAGUGAUCUCUACAUCCAGUAUUUCCGUUGCAUCCGCGACACAGACGCCCCGUCAUGAAAAGGAAUUUCUCUGCACCAUCACGUCCAAGUCGCAGCAGGCCUCCGUUCUUAGAAAGGCUGAAAAGAUUAUUGUCAAUUCUGAAUGGAUUCCUCGGUUUGAGAAAGCGGAUCUUUCCCGACCGGUCGUGGCAGAAGCGCCGCGUGUUGAGCCGGAUCCUACGGCCAACAUUCCCUUCAAUCUCCGCCUGACCGAGGAACAACGGGCAGCACGCAGUGCCGUACCUCUUCCACACACCAAAGGCGCCGGCGUUAUUUAUUACGAACCGGAUGAGGCGGACGAUAUUGAUUACGAGGAUCCAGAUGAGUGAUUACCUGCUUCAGAAUUGCUUGUAGUCUGUUUUUAUGCUUUUAUCGACUUUGUAGACUUCACGAAUCUUUAUUUUUAUUAUUCUCCCGCUGUAAUCGAGACAUCGUGAUCACAAAUAAAAAUUUAUCUGAA